AUGAGUCGGCGCCCGAUCAGACAUUUUUCUGUCAAAGAGGCUCUUGACCUUUUUUUUCAAACUGAUGAAGACGGGAUUGGAGUUGAACCAGAAAUAGAGGAGGAUGUUUCAGAAAUAGAAGACAACGAUCCUGAUUUUGAUCCAGACCAUCAUGAGACCGAACAGUCAACAUAUGGCGAGGAAGAGGCCCCUGAGGAAGAGGCACCUGGGGAAGAGGCCCCUGUGGAAGACACACCUGAGGUGACAUUCCAGUCCAAGGAUGGCAACUUGCUCUGGUAUUCAUCCCCCCAGGACAGAGGAGGCAGAACAAGAGGGGAAAAUAUCAUUAGGAUGUCACCAGGGCCAACACGGUAUGCAACAUCUCGUGUGGAUGACAUCAAGUCCAGCUUCCAACUCUUUUUACCAGAGUCCAUUGUGGAAAUUAUACUGGCGAUGACAAACCUGGAAGGGGGGCGUGUGUUUGCGGACACAUGGAAGGCCUUGGACCAGGUAGACCUCCAAGCCUACAUGGGUCUGUUGAUUCUAGCAGGAGUACAUCGGUCCAACAAUGAGGCUACAAAAAGUCUGUGGGAUGCAGAGUCAGGGAGGCCUAUAUUCCGGUCAACUAUGUCCCUGCAACAGUUUCAUGUCCUCUCAAGAAUUAUCAGAUUUGAUGACAGAGCUACACGACCUUUCCGCUGGCGAGACGACAAACUGGCUGCCAUCAGGAACGUUUGGGACAGGUGGAUGGAGCGCCUACCACUGAUGUACAAUCCAGGCCCUGAGAUGACAGUGGACGAGCGCCCGGUCCCUUUCAGAGGUCGCUGUCCAUUCAAACAGUACAUCCCAAGCAAACCAGGCAAGUAUGGGAUCAAGAUCUGGGCAGCAUGUGAUGCCAGGAGCAGCUAUGCCUGGAAUAUGCAGGUUUACACAGGGAAACCUGUUACUGGAAGGCCAGAAAAAAACCAAGGCAUGCGUGUUGUGUUGGACAUGACAGCCGGUCUCAAGGGGCAUAACAUCACAUGUGAUAACUUUUUCACAUCACAUGGGCUUGGUCAGGAGCUGCUGAAAAGAAAGCUCACCAUGGUGGGGACAGUGAGGAAGAACAAGCCUCAACUUCCCCCUGCACUGGUGUCGACCAGAGGGAGAGAGGCACUCUCAUCCAAAUUUGCUUUCACUGACACACACAGUCUUGUGUCAUAUUUGCCCAAGAAAAAUAAAAAUGUCAUCCUGAUGAGCACUCUACACAAAGACGCCGCUGUCAGCGAAGCAGAGCACAGGAAGCCCCAGAUCAUCCUGGACUACAACAGAAACAAAGGAGGCGUUGAUUGCCUUGAUAAGCUUACUGGUACAUACACCUGCAAGCGAAUGACAGCUCGUUGGCCUGUGGCUGUGUUCCACAACAUCCUCGAUGUGUCUGCAUGUAAUGCAUAUGUGGUGUGGACAGCGAUCGACCCAGCCUGGAAUCAGGGGAAAUGUUUCAAGAGGAGACUCUUCCUGGCAGAGCUUGGGAAAGCUUUAGUGACUCCUCUAAUUCAACGGCGCCUUCCCCGCACACCAGCCUCUUGCAGUCUGGUGAGGAGUCUGCAAGCCCCAGCCACGGCCCUGGCCACUCUCCCCCCAAAACAGGGGCAGAAACGGAAGAGAUGCAAGCUAUGUGCCCCUAGAGACAAUAAGACAAGUCUUACAUGUUUCAAAUGUGAUGCCUACGUUUGCAAGACACACUGUGACCUGAUUGCAAAAUGCCACUCCUGUGUCUGA